AGGACUAAACACUGCUUUGUAUAAUCCAUAGGACUCUGGGGAUUUACCAGGUGACUAGGAAGACAGGAAGAGAGAGAGACAGAGAGGGUGGGUGGAUGGUGUGUGACCUACUUCACCCAGCUUGGUUUUGCACCUUGUUGUAAUUUGCCUUGAGAGUGUGUCUGAGCUGUGAUUGGUGCAGCCAGUCUGUGAAAUCAUAUUGACAGAUCUGACUGAAGAAGCGUCAUUACCCAAACACCCAGAGAUUCAAAGCAUUCUUCCCUACAGCCGUCGCCCGAGGUGAGUGCUGCUCUACAAAAAAAAUGUACGCUGUUUCCCUUCUUUAUUUUUAUAUCCACAAAGUUAGUCAACAUCAAGUUGUCACUGAACUGUUUGUCAUUUGUAGAAAAAAUAUUUUUGUUUUUAAGAGCACGCAGCUGUACCAGAAUGUAAAAGUUUUUAUUUACGAGUAGAAGUCUGGCAUUCAAAGUGUUAAAUAGUAAAGUUAAAGUACUGAAAAAUGUCAUCUUUGAUUAUUGAUGCAUUAUCGUUUACAGCAAUGCAUUAUUUAUCUGUAUUAUAUCAUGUUGUUACUGUUGUGAGGAAAGCUUGUGAUUCCCAAGUUAAGCAAAAAUAGUUUCUGCUUCCUCCUGGUAUUUAAAUACUGAAAAAACUAGACCAUGGGGAACAAGGUGAAAAGUAAAUAGUAAACAAAAAUGGGUAUUUUAGAGGAAAGGAGAAAUAAAAAAAAUGUUUUUGUUUUUGUUUUUCUGUAAUUUAUCUAUGUUUAAAGGACCAGUGUGUAGGAUUUAGUGAUAUCUAGUGCUGAGGUUGCAGGUGUGCUGCAGGUAUAUGGAAAUCCUCCUGUGGAAAACAUGGUUUGGAAGAUCUGCAUUCUUGCCCCCCUGCUCCUCCUCCUCCUUCCUUCUGUGUUUAUGCUGGAGGUCAACAUGAGAACCGAACACUUUAUACAUUACAUUCCGGCGGAGAGUUCCUGGUGGAACGCACAGGCAUUCUGCAGGAGAGAACACACUGACCUGGUCACCAUCAGUAGUAAAGAAGACAAUAAGCACUUUAUCAGGGGCAGAGGCUGGAUCGGUUUGCGCAGAGAGGAUUCAAGAAGUCCAUGGAAAUGGUCCAGUACAGGAGAGGAAGCCGUCUUCACCAUCUGGAAACAAAGCCUUGUUGAUUUAGACUCUGAGAAGAACUGUGCUUUCAAGAAACCUAAUGAAGAAGAAUGGGAAAAUGAUCACUGUGAUGGAAAGCAUAGUUUCAUGUGUUUCGACAAGAAGCUGGUUCUGGUGAAUCAGAAUGAGACGUGGGAGGAGGCACUGAACUACUGCAGGGCUAUGGCUGUGUCAGACACAGAUGGGUCUGACGUUGCCAACCAAAACCACAUCUACGACCUGGCCACCCUGACCACUGAAGAUGACCAUGCCUAUGCACGAGAAAUAGCACAAGAGGCUACAACCGACGAGGUGUGGACGGGCCUGCGAUACCUGGCUGGUCAGUGGGAGUGGGUGGGUGGAGGACAAGUGUCCUAUGAGGGUAUUGAAAGCUGCCCAGCGGAGACGUUCUGCGGCGUCCUGGAGAAGAACGGCACCGCACCGUUCAGGAUGAGAGACUGCAAGCAGAAAAUGAACUUCCUCUGUUACCUGAAGUUUGAACUCAAAGAAGAAGCAUAACAAAGUACAUUUACUCAAGUACUGUACUUUCAGAUUUGAGGUAUUUGUGCUUUACUCUCCACUUCAUGACACUUCGUACUUUUCCAUCAUUUCAUAGGGAAAUAUUUAUCUUUUUACUCCACUACAUUUAUCUAACAGCUAUAAUUACAGGAGAUCACAUACAAAGCAUAAGAACACUUGAAAUAUGAUGUGGUGCAGCAGUAAUAAUUAGUUGACUAGGGUAAUGCAUUUCUUCUAAUUUAAAAAGCAAGCAAUAAAAGGAGUGAUCAAGAAAAUAAUCAAGAUCAAUCAUUAGUUGCACCCCGAUAUAGAACAGAUAAAACUUAGCUUCACUUCAACCAACUACAAGAGUAAAAUGCUGCUUGAAUAUCAGUGCAUGAGUUAUAAUUAUUUAGUAAAGUUCUAUACUGUAGACACUCACAGGAGUCCUUUCAUUUUCAAUACCUUAAGUGCAUUUCAUCGAUGAUACAUACAUGUUAGCAUUGUGCAUAUUGUGUUGUGUACUAAUCCUUGGGGUCCAGACUCCUCCUAUCCAAAUAGAGCUGUGCUGCAGCACCACCACCACCAAGACCGGUCCGCUCUGCUGUAGGACAACCCCCCCCCCCUUCUUUACUCCCGUCCUCAUCUGCCUGGUCCACUGACCCAGAGCCGACCACAUGAUGUGACAGAAGUUGGCCUGGAGCAAACGCUGCUGCAGCUGUGAUUUAACCUGCUUGCUGUAUAUUUAACUAUCUUUAGAUUAUUAUUCUUUUACACUGUGCAUUUAGACAUAGGAGUGGUAGGAGUAGGGGUGGAAACCUUUUCUAUAUUUUUGCUCUAAAAGGUAAGAGUGGCUCAUUCAAUCAAGUUUUGUUUUGCCUAGUUUGGCAAAAAAGUAAUCUUUUGUAUUAUUUGCUUUCAUGGAUUACCUGGGUUCUAGUUGUGUAAUUUUUUAUCUGAACUUAAUUCGUAAACCUAUUAAUUGUCCUCUAAACAAUAAAGGGUGUAAAAUAAUUGAUUGACACAGGUGCCUCUCUUACUCCUUGUGCUUCCUGGGUUGUAACUAACACUUUUCAAUUGCAGGACAUUUACUCAUAAUGGAUUUUUACAGUGUUUUAUUGGUAUUUUACUGCUGUAAAAUACCAAUAAAGGAUCUGAAUACGUCCUCCAUCACUGCUUUAAACACAUCUUUUCCAGUAGAAUCUCAUGCUUUGAGUUUUCUUAGAAGACAGUAUAUCUUUAGGGAAAGCUCACAGCAUGUACCUGAAUUUUCCUUUAAAGUGAUGUUAGUUUGACAUCAGACAGCUGGUGGAUUGUUGAUUCUACUCUUAAAUGACCUGUUAAGCUAUGAAAAAAAAAUACUAGUUAAUAAGGGGAGAGGCGGGGUGCACCCUGGACUGGUCGCCAGUCAAUCGCAGAGCUGACACACAAAGACAACCACACACACACACACACACACACCUACGGGCAAUUUAGAGUAGCCAAUUAACCUAACCCAUGCAUGUUUUUG